ACUUCACGGGGGGGGGCCUCGGCCGAGCACCCGCCCCGAGCGAGUCGCCGGUCAGCGAGUCGGGCGAUCGCCGAGCGAAGCGCUAAAACGGCGUGGAUGCUGCCCUUGACUCCCGGGAGGUAUCAGAGGCGGAGCAGAGUGGUGGCACGGCUCACCAACCUGCUACUGCAGUUCUCGAUCGCCACAGGAACGCAGACGGCACGGCGCGUUCUCCUUUGCCUCAUCCUGUUGGUGGCCUGGGUUGGGCUCUACGGAGACUUGCUGGGAGCAGGCUACACCAAUCAGGCACUACAGCACCAUGAGGACUCGAUCUUCGCGCGAGUCGGCUUCCGCCUCUCAGUGCUGGUGGCCAUUUUGCUGGUCGGGGAGAGCACGUUGAUCCUGGUGUAUGGCACUGUGGUCUAUGGCUCCGUCUUUCUCAUGCAGAAGGCCUUUGUGCUGGGCUUCUUCUGCUCAUCGAGCAUUGUCACGCUUCUGCUGCUUGCGCGCUACGCUGCGCGGUACAGCUGGCUGAUCUAUGCAGUGCCCGUGUGUGCGUCCCUGCGGCUUCUGCUCAUACCUGUGAUCCGAGCGGAGCGGGUGAAGUUUACGCGCAUGGUGGAGAUGGCCAGAUGCCAGAGCCUCUCCCUGGAGACGAUCCAGAAGGCCAUCCGUGAGACCCCGGAGCGGGUUUUAUCGCAGAAGCAGCGGAAGCGGCUGCUGCGGCUCGCAGAGCAGCAGGACCAGAAGCAGGGCCGGGACUUUUGGGAGGAGGCCGACGUGAGCCGCUUCCUCCGCGACGCCGGCGCGGAGCUGUCGGAACACAGCGGGGCCGCGGGCACCGCGGCGCUUCUGAGCGGCGUAGUGGCUCGCAUUGGCGGAACCAACGCGACCUUCAACAACUACGGAAUCUUCGCCACCUUCAGCAGCGGGUGUUGGUAUCUGCUGACCAGCGCCAUGGGCAGCUUCAUGCUCUUCGCGGUGAGUUGCUUCCUGGACGGCUGCAUCGGGCCGCUGCAAGCGGCGAUGAUCUCCUCCUUGACCGAAGCCAUCAUCGUGAGAGACGAGUCUGCUGCCUUGCGCCACAUCGCCUGCUAUGCAGGCACUCAGCUCUUGAAUUUGGUGUGCUACACGGCCCUGGUGAUAUCCUACUCGCAGAUUCUGGCACGAGGCACGGCGUGCGUGCAAAUCCACGUGGCGGAGAAGAUGCUGGCGAUGAGCUCGAAGUACGCGGCGACCUACGGGUCUGGGUCCAUCAACGCGACCUUUGCCUCGGACAUUUUGCGGCUGCAGGACCUGUGGACAGGCGUCAUGUGGUCUCUGAUGUCACCUCUGUCGCGGGUGCUGAUCACCAUCAUCUACGCCUUCACCGUGUCUCCGCAGGUGGGAGUCCUGGCUCUGUCGGUGUUCCCCAUCAUCUUUGUCACGGUGCCCCAGGGCUCCUCCUCCAUGCUCGCCGCCUCUUACUCCAUGGCGGCAGCGGAGACCAUCGAUAUCUUCCAGAACGGCGUGAGCUGCCAGCGCAUGCUGUGGCAGUGCGACCGCCAGCACUACUGGUUUUUGAAAUAUUUGCAGCCCUUGAUCCACGAUCAGGAAAUGAAGCACUAUGAGAUGCGCAAGAAGGGCGGCAUAGUACAGGGAUACGUGCAGCAGCUGGUGAAUGUGUUUGUGGCGGUGCACAUCGUUCUCUUGGCCUGGCUGGCAGUAAAGGGUGGCAUCACCGUGGCAGAGUUCACUGGCUUCGUGUCGCUGCUGUCCUCCCUGGCGGCGCCCUCCAUCUCGUUGGGCUCCUUCUACCGAGUUGCCGUCAGCUGCGCUGGCUCGGUGCAGCGCAUUGAUGAGUUUCUCGAUCAGGAGUCUUUGCCCUUGCUAAAGACCAAAGUGGUCCUGGGGCACAACGGCAUGGACGACACCACCCAUGGCUGGGAGAGGCAGAUAUCGCCCAUGCAGUACGGAGAUGUCACCGUGAGCCACCUGUGCUUCCGGUACCCGGAGAGGAACGAGUUCAUCAUCAACGAUGUCUCCCUGAGCAUCCCCGCCGGGAAGUUUGUGGCGCUGGUGGGGGGCUCCGGGUGUGGCAAGUCUACACUCCUCUCCCUGCUCAUGACUUGGCUUCGGCCCAGCUCUGGCGCCAUCAGCCUGGGCGAGAAUGUUAGCUUCGACCCGUCGCAAGGACAUACGGACGAUGCAGCCCGGAGAUUGCGGAAGAGCAUCUCAGUGGUUUUCCAGGACAAGACCUUACUGCGCGGCACUGUCCUGGAUAACAUCCUCAUUAGUGCUCCGAGCGGCGCCAGCGCGGAGGACGCGGAGUGGGCCGCGCAGCUGGCUGGCUGCGCGGAGUUCAUCACCACCAGCCUGCCCAAAGCUUACGACACCUUGAUCGGAGGUGCCGACGGCGUUACGCUGAGUGGUGGACAGGCGCAGCGUCUGUGCAUCGCCCGGGCGCUGUGCCGCAAGCCUGCACUGCUUCUGCUGGAUGAGGCCACCUCGGCCCUGGAUGCCGCUACAGAGCGGCACGUGCUGCAGACCAUCUCCAGCUUGCGGAGCAACCAUCCGGAGGAGUUUGGAACGCUCACCAUCAUCUCCGUCACUCAUCAUCUUCAUACGCUCGAGUACUGCGACAUGGUGGUGCAUUUGAAGAGCGGCGGCACCGUGGACCAUGUGGAGCACAUUAAAAAGUGAGCCGAGACAUUUGCAGGGUGGCGCGGGCCACGGUUCGACUUUCCGAGGAGGUGAACACCUAUG